AUGGAGGAAAGAAUAUCUUGCUUUUACGAAAACUGCAAAGAAAAUCCUGAAUUUAGUUGUAAUUGCAACUCCAUAGAAACUAUACUAUGCAACCAGCAUAUGGGCAUACACUUAAGCAAUCCUGUGGCUCACAAAGUUGAAGCAUUAUUUGAGAAACCAAAUCCGCAAUCCAAGGAAGCAGUGCUUGAGCUUCUCAAAAGCGAAAAAAAUGCUCUUGAAGAAUCUUUAAAAAAUGCCUUAAAAACGAUUUCAGAGAGCUCAAAACAAACAGAAAUGAACUUCGAGGAAACCUUGAAAAAUUUUGAUCCAAACCUCAGCAAAGUUGAAGCUUUGAUUAAUCUUGUAUCAAAUACUGAAAAGAUCUCGAAAUACGAAAAAGACAUUCUUAUAAAAUCUUUGGCUUUAUCCCAGCAAGAGGCCAUUCAGCUUUACAAAAAUCUUAUUCCUCAGGCUUCUAAUUUGGAUAACGCAAUAAAAUUUUUCUGUACUUUUGACGUAGAAAAAUUAAUCAGUCAACUCGUUGAGAACAAAAUCAAAUUUAUGAUAAAUAAACGAACAAAUCCUAUAGAAAAUCGACUUAAUAAAUUUGACAACAAAAUAAGUUUGCUUGAAAAAAAUUGUGAAAAGAAAAUCAAUGAAGCCAUGCUGAAAUAUGACAGAAAAAUUGAAGAAAUUGGAAAUUAUGGUUUAUAUGAUAGAUUUGCUGUCGAAAAUGAUAUAAAAAGUAGUAAAGAGAAAAUUGAGCUUCUCAAUAGCGAGCAUAUGAAGUUAAAAAAGAGUUUAGAAGCACAGCUUAAAGAAGCUGAAGCAAAACACUUAUCAAUGCAAGAUGUAAAACUUAAGGCGUUAAAAGAUGAAUUUUUAGCUGAGCUCAAAAACGCCUUGCCAAAUCAGAUAAAGGAGUUGGAAAUGAGGUAUUCAACUGUGAUUGAUACAAAGAUCAAUGAUUUAAAGGAUAAAUUUUCUGCUGAGCUUAAAAAUAUAAAUCAAGGAUUUGGUCCUCAAGUUAAAUUAAAUCCAAUCAGCGUUUCUAACUUAACUCCAAACAGAAAAAUCGAACUUGAGUGUGAAGAACUGGAUAAUUUUGAUAAGAAAAUUAGCAACAUUUUAAAUUGUGAGUCUAUCAAAGAAAGUAUUGCAAACAUUCCGGUCGAAAUGGUUAAGUCUAGCAAAGUGAGCUUAGAAAAAUCCAAUAAGCAAGUUCUCCAAGACUAUAAUCAAACAAAUAUCAAUUACGGGUCUAACGCAGACUAUAUCCAAUUAUUUGAAUACAGCAGCGAAAUAAAAUCAAAAUAUAAGAUAUAUUAUAAGAAUUUCAGAUCUUAUUCCGAAAAAUAUAGGAGAACGCUGCUUUGUUUAAAUCAUUAUCACCAAGAAGUAAGCAAAUUUAAAAAUAUGGGAGAUAAAAUUAAAAGCUUUGAAGGUAAAAUCGAUAGAAUUAACCAGACCUAUUUUGAGCUAUCUCAAGAGACUUUCAUAAAUCUAUCAAAAGAGCUUGAAAAUCUCAAUGCAAUAAUUGAGGAAGAUUUUAAUUAUGUUAACGAGCAAUAUAACAAAAACCAGGAUUUUAAGGAUUUAAUCCAGGAUUCUCCAGAACUACAAAAGCAUUUUAAUGAGUAUUUGAAAGUUAAGAAAAAGGCAAGUGAAGCAUUUAAUGCUUUUACGCUCUCGUCUGUAAGCAAGAUUAAUGAAGAAAUAAAUAAUCUCAAAAGUCGAAUAAAUAUCUGCUCCCAAUUUAAAUCCCAAAUUGAAGCCCAAAUGAUUUCCUGCUCAACAAUUUUAUUCUCCAGCGAUAUUCCAGGCAUUAAAAUAAUAUAUGAAUCAAUCACAAAAGAAUAUAACGAAAUCAAAAAUAUUUACGAAAAUAAUAAAACUAUAAAAGACUUAUGUGAUGUUUGUGCAAAAUUGAAAGAAGUUUAUCAAGAUUACGCCAAAGAGUAUUUAAAUGUCGCAGCAGCUUAUAAUAGGAUGGUUUCUAUUCCUGAAAGCAGCAAAUUUCUUUAUGCUGUAACUAAUUGCUCUGUGAGAGAAAAAGAUAAUCGCGGAUAUUAUAAUUCUAUAAAAAAAACAUUGUUUACCAAGAUUGACAUUCUAAAUACUACGAAGAAUUCCUGAUAUAUAAAUACUCCAGAGCCUUUAAGUAUCAAUGCAUGCAUUGCUCUGCUACCCGAUAACGAAUUAUUUUGCUACGGAAGCAAAAAUCCUUUUUCUGGGAUUUCGUGCAUCAUUAGCACAAAAAAUUGUGAAUUAGGAAGAAUGCUCCCACCUGGUACUCCUUGCUAUGAUUCUGGAGCUAUUUACUUAAAUAACUCAGUUUACGUUUUCGGGGGCAAAGAUCAAAGCGAUAACAGAUCUCAACUUGUAACUUGCUUUAACCUUAUUCAAAAUUCAUGAUCCAGGCUAUCUCCUCUUCCAAUUGCUUCAGGCUCAUGCUCAUGUAUAUAUUUCAACCAAAAAAUUUUAUUGACUGGUUAUUAUCAUUCAAAAAUUUAUAAGUAUAACAUACAGAGCAAUAAUUAUUCUGAAGUUCUUUCAUUUAAUAUCAGCAGUAACAGAACAAAGCUGCUAUUUCAAAGCAAAAAUAAGGCUUAUUUGAUUCAAUCGGGAGAUAUAUAUGAAAGCGGAGUUUCAAAUGAAAAUACAUGGAAAAAAAUAGGAUAUUCAAAUUUAAAUAGUUUUGCACAACUCUGCAUAGCAUCAAUUUAUGAUGAUCCAUAUAUUGGAUUUUUCCAUCCAGACUACGGCUAUUGUAGCGGAAAUAUCUACAAAUACUAUAAGUUCAACUUUAGCAAAAAUACACUAGAAAAUUGUCAGGAAUUUAGAUUUUAA